GAUACUAGACCACAAUUUUUUUAGCGCUCUUGUCACGUAGGAUUCUCUUGCAAAACAGAGUGAUUUUAUUUGCGAAAAUGACGGAUAACCAGCAAGCAAACGGCAACACGAGCAUAGAAGAUAACCUGGAUGACAGCUCGAUGCCUGAGGUGUCAUUCCAAGGUGGGACACUGUCCCUAAAUAGUGUGGAAACCAAUCUGUUGCACGAGGAAAAAAAACCUACCGCGCCGUCGACUUUGCCACUUGCGAACGCCAACAACGGAGCCAACAACGCGAACUUCGUCAGAGGUCGGCCGAAGAGCGCGCCUCUGUCCCCCGUGGUUCAGGACGGAUUUUACGCCUCAAAGAUUGGCCGGCUUGAGUCUGCUGUUCUUGAAUGCAAGAAGGCAACCAUCAAAAGUGACAUGGAUGGAGAAGUCCAGGGAGUCUGGCUUCUCACAGAGAUUGACCAUUGGGAUAAUGAGAAGGAACGUCUGGCCAUUGUGACAGACAACAGCCUGUUGUUGGUCAAGUAUGACUUUGUGGCCGGUGCAGUCCGUGAGUUUCAGCGCAUCAAUCACAUUGCUGUGGAUGCCUUGCAGAUUGGCGUCUUUUCCUAUCCAGAAAAGUCUUUGGUCAGCCCAAGGGAUGGCACCGGUUUACGCAUCAUCUGGAGUCACGGCCGCCAGCCGACAUUCAUGGAACGUUGGAAUCCAUUUUGUUCCACCAUUCCAUGGCUGACACUGACUAGUCAUCCUCUGGAGCAUAGCGGGACACGUGAGGAAGACACAUACCAGAUUGACCCCUUCAAGAACGUCUACAUCCAAGCCAUCAACAACUGGCGUCUGAAGCAGAACCAGGCGCUGAGCAACGUCUCCUCCAGCCCGGUCACCAUCGUCGACGCUCCUAUCGAGUGUGACGUCAUGCUGGGGCUAGCAUCAACGGUUCACAACCAGAGCCGUCUGGGAUUCUACCGUGAGAGAGGUGGCGUCAGCUUCUAAAGAAUCAGAAACUAUUCCCAGAAAAAAAGAUAAGGAAUUGUGUUUUCAUGUAAAUGUUACCAAGGACUGGUCAUGUCCGACUAAUUUGUCAAAUUGAAAAGAAAAUAUAUUUCCUGUCUUUUUCUUAUAGUACCAUGAUAUUUCAAGUACAGUUUAAGUGUGAGCUAAGUGUAUUUACAGACAUCUACGUGUUAAAAAGUACCAACAAAAAUUGUGAAAAGUACAAAAGCAAUUCUGCAUGGGAAUUUAUUACCUUGUUUUUCUAGAAUGAUGUAAAUAAAAAAAGAAGAAAGAUAAUUGCUUUUCAAAGCUAAUGCUUUUCAGACUUAUUUUUCAGAGUUUAGCUUCCAUUGCCGUUAUCGAAAGUGGCAGUCAAAUUAAGCCUGAUAUUUUCGCUUCACUUUUGAUGUUGAGAAAAAAAUAUAUGAUUU